AUGGAGAGGAGUGGUUGUUUAGGAAAUUUUUUUCAAAGUUGCAAGCCUUACAUAGCCAUGAUAUCUUUGCAAUUUGGCUAUGCUGGCAUGAACAUAAUCACCAAGGUUUCUCUUAAUCGAGGGAUGAGUCAUUAUGUGCUAGUGGUCUAUAGGCAUGCCUUCGCUACUGCUGUUAUUGCUCCUUUUGCUAUUGUUCUUGAGAGGAAAGUAAGACCAAAGAUUACAUUUCCCAUUUUCAUGCAAAUGUUUGUGCUGGGUCUUCUUGGGCCUGUGAUUGAUCAAAACUUUUACUAUGCCGGGUUGAAAUUCACUUCUCCUACCUUCUCUUGUGCCAUGAGUAACAUGCUGCCUGCAAUGACAUUUGUCAUGGCAGUUCUUUGCAGGAUGGAGAUAGUGAACAUGAAGAAAGUUAGAUGCCAAGCAAAGGUGAUCGGAACUAUAGUAACUGUAGCUGGAGCCAUGCUGAUGACAUUGUACAAGGGUCAUGUUAUCAAUUUGGUCUGGUCUGAAAAUGCUCAUGCUCAUGCAUCUUCUGUUCCUGACACAACUGGACAAAGUGAUAAAGAUUGGCUUAAGGGUUCCAUUCUCCUCAUCAUUGCUACACUUGCUUGGGCCUCAUUCUUCGUUCUCCAGGCAGUGACACUUAGGAGGUACUCAGCUCAGCUUUCUCUUACAACCAUCGUGUGCUUUUUGGGUACACUACAGUCCAUAGCUGUCACCUUUGUGAUGGAACACAAGCCUUCUGCUUGGACCAUUGGCUGGGACAUGAAUCUUCUUGCUGCUGCCUAUGCUGGAAUUGUGUCAUCAAGCAUCGCAUACUAUGUUCAAGGACUUGUCAUGCAAAAAAAAGGGCCUGUCUUUGUCACUGCUUUUAGUCCUUUGAUGAUGAUCGUAGUUGCAAUCAUGGGCUCUUUCAUUCUGGCUGAGAAGAUUUAUGUUGGAGGUGUUCUAGGUGCUAUAUUAAUUGUAGCUGGACUCUACGCGGUUCUGUGGGGCAAGCACAAGGAACACAAAGAAAAAGAAGCAGAAAUUAUCCCAGAACCAAUCAAAGAAAAUGGAGGGAAUGGUCAGUCACCAGGAAUGAUCCAGGACAUUGAAGCUAACCAUGACAUUGAGAUGCAAACAAGUCAAGCUAACAAGGUGACCGUGCCGGCUGUGGCUAUUACUGUUCCAGGUUCACAGGCUACCAUGAUAACCAAGGAAGCACCAAGAGCUUAG